GAAUGUUUUCGAUUCAGUAGACCAUUUUCAGUGUACCGAAAAAGGUGUUCAACGAUGGCUGUGAAAAGUUUUACGCUUCUAUUGUUGGGAAGUUUCUUCCUGCUCUCAGUGCAAUCGCACAAUCCUGGUGAAUACUAUUCUUCCGUGGCUAAUUUGGAGUAUCUGCUUGAAAGCGAACGGAGCAUCCUGCAGCGAAUCGAUAAGUACAUUAGUUUGGCGGAAGAAAAGUCCAAAUUUCUAAAGCGACAAAAAGAACAACUGCAGCAUGAAAUCAAGGACGCCUCCAAAGAUCCGAUUGCAUUCUUAUCGAAUCCAAUAAAUGCGUUCCUGUUGAUGAAACGGUUGGUCAAGGAUUAUAAAAAGAUUGAUGAUUUGAUGCAGAUGGGAUUAGAUAUAAAGCUUUUCGAUGAUUCAACGCGACAGCCGAGUGACAAUGAUUACUCAGGUAUCGUUGAGGCCAUGGCACAUUUGCAAGAUUUGUACAAGCUAGAAGCGGUUGAUUUAGCUCGAGGGGAGAUAUUGGGACAAGUCAAGACUAGAGAAUUGGCGUCCGAUGAAUGCUACGCUAUCGGAGUUGUUAUGAGUAAGAUUAAGCAGUUCAGGCAUGCAAUCUCCUGGCUGAGGGAAGCAUUGCGCCGGUGGGCAAUCGAACCGACGAAGGGAGUCAGCAAGUUCGAGAUUUUGGACUACUUAUCGUAUAGUUUAGCAGAAGAAGGUGACUAUGAGGAAGCAUUGAAGGUGACUAACCAAAUGUUGAAGUUGGAUUCUAAACAUGAAGGAACUCUAAAGAAGUUGAAAGUAAUAGAGCAUUGGUUGGAACAUGUUGAAACGGUUGGGCCUAAACCCAAAACAUUACCAGCGAAUCGUGGCUUGUAUGAACCUUUGUGUCGUGGUGAAUACCAGCCAUCACCAAUAAACCUAUCAAAAUUACGAUGCCGGUAUGAGUCAAGCAAAACUCCAUUCAUUCGGAUUGCUCCAUUCAAGAUGGAAGAAGCAAGCUUAGACCCCCUAAUUGUCAUUUAUCACGACGCAAUUUCGGACAAGGAAGUCGACAAAAUAAUCGACCUCACCAAACCAACCCUCAGUAGAUCAAUGGUUGGCGAUAGUAAUUCUAAAGAAGUGUCCAAGCAACGUACCAGUCAGAAUGGGUGGCUUGCUGAUACGGACAAUCCACUUGUUAAGAAGAUAAGUGUGAGAACUGUUGACAUGACUGGUCUCGAUAUCAAAAGCUUUGAGAGCCUUCAGGUGAACAACUAUGGAAUCGGGGGAUUCUAUCUUCCACACUAUGAUUGGGUUAAAACCAAUGGAUCUGAGGAGCCUUACAAAGAUAUGGGACUUGGAAACCGGAUUGCAACUCUGAUGUUUUAUUUGAGUGACGUUGAACAGGGUGGAGCCACCGUAUUUCCUAACAUUGGAGUUGGUAUGUUCCCGAAAAAGGGAUCGGCCAUUUUUUGGUACAAUUUGCUCCCCGACGGAACAGGCGAUGAACGAACGCUACAUGGAGCUUGUCCGGUGUUGACAGGAUCAAAAUGGGUUGCCAACAAGUGGAUCCACGAGUACCAUCAGGAAUUCAGACGUCCCUGUGAUCUCCAUUCAAAUAAAGCGAAUUAG